AGUACGACAGUAGAUCUACAUGACAUGAUUGUACCAUUUCAAUCAUUUCAGCUGCUUCAGUGCUUGUACGGAGUCUCUGGCCUGAGCUGCUGUAGCUCUUUGUCGACACCGUCACCUAAGUCCUUUGUAGAGCCAUCCGAGCGGACAUGACAGAUUAAAAAAAUCGUUGUACUUGCUGAAGCCUCGUUAGCGGUGCCGUCGUAUUAGCGGCACUCUAAUUGACAUUCAGUUAUGGAGGUGGAAGUAUUGCAGUUAUUAUAAUAGUGAUGAUGUGUAUUAGAAGUAGUGAUUCGUUAGUUUUACGCGUUCUGUCGCACUAGCUAGAAGCCGUGUUGUGGUAAGGGCCGUGGCUAGCUCUUGUCUUGGUGGGUUCAGCCGAAAGCAGUGAGAUAAAGACUUCAUGUACCGAAACGGCACAACCUUGCGUUGAAAUAAGGAAGGAGCUAGAGCGGGUGCUGGUCUUGUGUCGAUACAAUGGCGAGCUCCUCAUCUGGCAGUGGUGGGCACGCUGCAAAGCCAUUUCAGAGUCUGAGCACUAGCGCUGGCCAGUCGCUGACAUUGUUGGAGAAGUUUUGCAGUCAACAGGAACCGGCAAGUGCUGGAAGCUCCGCUCCUGGCGCAGGGGCCGGCCGGUCUAAGAAACGCAAAGCCAGCAGCUUUGAUGCACCCGAUGGUGGUGUGAUCAGUCGCACAAUCGUGGAUCUUACUGAACAUGAAGAAGACGAGCGUAGAUUGGCGGAGAAGAGCAGGAUGGAUGCCAGUCUAAUGAAGACUUUGGUUCGGACGAAAGAAGAUGCCCAUUUCUUAGUUGAAACUGCUCUGUACUGUCAGCUGUUGCAAGGCGAGAAUGAGAAACUCAAGGCCCAGGUUGGACGAAUAAGCGAUGAGAAUCGCUGGCUCAGAGAUGAAGUCAACCAAUUCCAAGACAAGCUGCGGACAUGUGAGAUAUCUUUGGUGCAGGUCACAGAGGAGAGAGAUCACUUCAAGCACAUGGCAACGGUGUUGCAGGAUGAUACUGGUGGUGAUUCUCUGAUGACUGACGAAGACAAGCAGCAGCAGGCACAGUCUUUACCAUCGCCAGUCGGUGUUUCAAUGGAGGAUAGUGCACCGGAAGAUGAACAAGAUGGAGGCAUUGAAGCAAUUGAGGAAAGUACAAUGUCUCCAAGCAAUCGGUCCAGCGUUGCAUCAUCCGCGUCCGAUGCCAUGCAAGUACCGCAACGACUGCGUACUCUACACAACCUGGUUAUCCAGUAUGCAUCUCAGGGACGCUAUGAAGUAGCUGUACCGCUCUGCAAACAAGCAUUAGAUGACAUAGAGCGCACACAGGGCAAAGAUCAUCCGGACUGUGCAACUAUGCUGAACAUACUGGCAAUGGUCUAUAGAGAUCAAAACAAAUUCAAGGAAGCCAGCAACCUAUUGCAGGAUGCACUUCGUAUUCGCGAGAAAGCUCUUGGGGAUGAGCAUCCAGCAGUUGCUGCCACUCUUAACAACUUAGCUGUACUAUACGGAAAGAGAUCAAAGUUUAGUGAUGCUGAACCCUUGUGCAAACGUGCUCUGGCGAUUCGUGAAAAGGUUCUUGGUUCAAAGCAUCCUGAUGUAGCAAAGCAACUUAACAAUUUAGCAUUGAUUUGUCAGAACCAGGGCAAGUUUGACGAGGUUGAAUCUUACUAUGAACGUGCUUUGGAUAUCUACAAGACUACACUAGGACCUGGUGAUGCAAAUGUAGCCAAGACAAUGAACAAUCUGGCAUCUUGCUAUGUGAAGCAGGGCAAGUACAAAGCAGCAGAAAACCUCUAUCGAUCUGUUUUGGAGCAAGCACAUACCAAGGAAUUUGGGCCGGGGCUAACGGAGGUAGCUCAUAAUUCAGCUGUAUCAAGAGCAAAAGCAUCUCGCUUGACUGGUCAAAAUAACAUAGAAAUACAGAGUCAGACGUCUUCUCUUGCAUCAGCGUAUGCAGAGUAUGGUGGCUGGCACAGAGCUAUGGGCAGCACAGAUAGCCCAACAGUGCAAACGACCCUGAAGAACCUUGGAGCAUUGUAUCGUAGGCAAGGAAAGAUGGAUGUUGCUGACACGUUUGACGAUAUAUCCGUCAGGUCGCGCAAAAAGGCAUUGGAAGUAGUAAAGAAAUCUAAGGUCGUUGAAGUUCUGGGUAGCGAAGCAGUGACUGGCAAUGGCGUGGGUGCAGCAGAUGCUGAAAGUGCUCAUCGUGCACGGUCCAACUCUUCUACUCCCGUUGACCAUGCUGCAGAUACUGAGAGUAUCGGCAAAAGCAGUUUGAAGCGCCGUGGAUCAUUCUCGAAAUUGAAAGGCAGUGUUGGCAAGGCGAUCAGUAAAGUCGUCGGCGAUGGAAAGGAGAAAAGACGACGUUCGUCUUCUCUACCAAGGUCUCCCUCAUCAGCUAGUUCAGAAGAGCUGUUGCAUAGGAAUCCUGCACAAACACCCGACCAAACCGCUUCUCCUAUCCUAGCUGAUUCCAAUUCACUGAUGAGUGGUGCACCUAGUCAUGAAUCACGACGACGUGGACGAGGGCCGCUGAAGACACCACACUCUCGAGUGAAAUGAACCAGCACCAAAUCAACUGAUUUUAUUCGUUCAUGGACACACAUUGACUUGUUACAAAUUUGGACUUUAUCAUCGGCUUUGUCAAAAAAAAGAGGAAGUCAGUCUAGCAUGAAUAACGGAGAUGGAUUUCUGCAAAUGAACCAGUGUUGCUUAGAUUUGACCAGUUGAGCAUUCAACGUGUUGCCCGAUUCUGCUUUUAACAACAUACACCCUCUGCUGUUGUGAUUUUGAAACAUUCUUUUGUGCAUUGAUUUUUAUUGGGUGACCGUAUUAGCACAUGAACAGAGGGUGCCUGAUUUUAUAUUUAAGAAAAUUCUCUCUGUACAUAUAAUACACGUAGCAUUCAAUUUCAUCGUCACGUUUCUGUCACUGACGUUUUGCUGCAAGCAAGUUAUGAAAAAUGUGAUUUCGUUUUCACUUUCGAAUUUAUAAGAAAUUGAUUUCUAACGGAGCUACUCAGUGUGUUUGUAUUUACUGUCUUUUGAUGAAGUUUUUUAUUGGCUUUGCCGUAAUUUAUCCAAUCUCAGCAUUCCUACUGUAAUGGUUGUUUCCUAUCUUCUUAUCUAUUUCAACACUGACUACAGCCACUUUCUACCCUUGACUGAUAUUAUUCAUGUUAUCAUAAAUGCCAGCAAGUUGAAAAAUGUUUUCCACAGAUAUGUCCAAGCAUA